CGGGGAUGCGCGGUAGGCGGGGAUGCGUACAGACGCCGAUCCCGGAAGCGGGCGGCGGGCUGACUUGUUGUUCUCGGGGAGCGACGAGGACGAGUUGCCGCCAGGACUCGCGCCCGCCCGGCGGCGAGGCUGGAAGCCCAGGCAGGCGGGGUCUGCCCCAGCACGUUGUCAGCUGGCAGCCCCUCAGCCUGCCUUGCCCAGUGCCCACCCCUGCAGGACCGGCUGCCCACCACCCCGGAAGGCCCCGCGGCCCCCAGGAGCACAGCCUCGGUUCCCACGCAGCUCUGCGGGUGAGCGGGCUGGGUUAUGACGACCACGCCCAAGCCCAGCAAGGUAUUCAAGGUCAAGAAGGAGUCGGGGGAUAAAGGCCCAGCGCUGAGCGACGCCGAGCUGGUGUCCAUGUCGGUGCGUGAACUGAACCAGCACCUGCGCGGGCUGGGCAAAGAGGAAGUGGUGCGGCUCAAGCAGCGGCGCCGGACCCUCAAGAACCGUGGCUAUGCGGCCAGCUGCCGCAUCAAGAGGGUCACGCAGCGCGCUGAGCUGGAGCGGCAGCGUGGGGAGCUGCAGCGGGAGGUGGAGAAGCUGGCCCGUGAGAAUGGCAGCAUGCGGCGGGAGCUGGACGCGCUGCGGGCCAAGUACGAGGCUCUGCAGACCUUUGCGCGCACCGUGGCCCGCGGGCCCGGCAAGGCCGCCGGCACCAGUGUCAUCACCAUCGUCACCUCUGCCCAGCUGGCUGCCUCUGUGCCCUGCUCAGCCGCCUCCUAGGGACCCCAGCUGGGGGGCUGCCCCCAAUGGUCCCUGCUGAGACUGUGGGUCAGGAUGCCAGGGGAGCUGCUGGGCACCCUGCAGCCUCGGCACUGUGGCCCAGGACGCCCCAGGACAGAGGGUCCCCCGCAUGGGGCAGAGGGCGGGUGGAUAGCCUGCCUGGAGCCGGGCCGCUAGGUAAUCCACAUUGGAUGUUGUAGGCCGUGGGCCUGUUUAAGAGAGUUUAUAUAGAGACAUGUAUGAACCCCUGCAGAACCCUGCACCGCAUCCUAGCCCAGCCUGUGGGGUACUGUACCCUGCACCGUGUGGGGUUGGGGGUCGGUCAGCAGGGUGCCUGGCCUAGACUUGGCCCUGGCUGGCUCCUUCCUCCGGCUUCCUUCCCCAGCACUCUCAAGACGUUCAAAGCCGGGUUUUUAUUUAAGGAAGUGGGGCCCCUGUGAUUGACCAGCCCCGGUCCCCAGGCCACCCGCGGCCAUAUUUAUUUCUGCUGCUCUCUGACCUGCCCCAUGGCCUAAUUUAUUGCCACACCUGCUGUGCGCCUUUGAACCUCAAUAAAAUCCUCCAUUCACA